AUGGUAAGUGUAAUCGCGAAAGCCUCCAAAGAAUCACACACCACGAGUGCUACGGACCAGAAAAUGGAGUCAAAGUUAAAUGUUUGUGACCUGCAAGCUAUUUAUGAUGCGUUUUCUUUUGAAGGAAAAGGAUAUGGCAAUAAAUUGAGACUAACUAAGGAACAAUUUGCUGAGAGUAUGGGCCUGCUUAUAAGCCGUGGCUCACGGCAGGAGUACAAGGAUCUCUUUAGUAAAAUCGAUAUCACCUCAGAUGGUUUUGUCGACUGGGACAAAUUUGCAUCUUAUUUGCUUUUGGAAUUUUAUGAGCAAGACAACAGGCAAAAGAUUCUAAAUGUACCACAGUGGAAAGAUCUGAAGUCAAUUAAGAGCCCUCAUAAAGGUAAUCUACAGAAAAUUGUUUUUCUGAAAAAUAUUUCAAGAUACUUGUCGAUAAGUAGGGAGGGACUUGCUACACUUUGGGGGAUAGACCUAAAAUCACACAGAAUAGCUAAAGUGUCAACGGAAUCAUGCAGACCAAAAAACUUCUGUGUUAUCGACUUCGCUGUAAUGCCAAAUGUUAACAGAGUUGCAGUAGCUUUUACCAGCAAGGAAAUUGCGUUUUGUAAUUUAGGUAUUAAAAUGGACUUAUUUUGCCCUAUCAAACUGUGCGAUAUAACAGAUAUACCAACCAGCCUAAACCAUUGGUAUAAACCUGAUAAUCCUAAUGAAGCCUUAUUGGUCUGGGGAGAUACUAGAGGAUACCUCAACAUUUUAUUCUGGGCCUAUGCUACAAUGGCUUUGUUUGAGAAGCCCACAAAUUUAUCGAAGCAAAAAGAGGGUAAGGAUAAAAUAACGGUUGUCUUGCUAUUCAGUCAGAGAGAAACACAAUGGUCCAAUUGUCCUGGUUAUGGUUAUCGCAACAAGGAUCCAUGGUGGGGUCGCCGACGAUAUCGAUUUGAUCUGGCUAUUGCAAGCUUUGUGAAGAGUUCAAACCCAGGUUCUGUAUGGUUUACACCUCGAGGAAAAUAUAUGUACCUGAAUGGCAGUGUUUCCGGGCUUCCACGUGGCAAACUACUGGGUGUACACAUUCAUCAAUAUGGAGGUCUCGGAAACAUGUGUCUUGAAGCUGGACCACAUUUUAACCCCUUCAAGCAACGUCAUGGAGGACGUACAGGUCAUCCUAGACAUGCAGGUGAUUUGGUAAAUAUUCCAGUUGAUGGAAAUGGUGUAAUGCAUUUCGAUCUAUGGGUUAGCUUAUACGGACUUGGACCAUACAACGGAUUUAUUGGGCGUGCUCUAGUUAUACACCAAAAGACUGAUGAUCUUAGAAUAUUUCCAGAUACAGGAAGUCGAACAACUGAUGAUGAUGAUGAUGAUGAUGAUGAUGAUGAUGAUGAUGAUGAUGAUGAUGAUGAUGAUGAUGAUGAUGAUGAUGAUGAUGAUGAUGAUGAUGAUGAUGAUGAUGAUGAUGAUGAUGAUGAUGAUGAUGAUGAUGAUGAUGAUGAUGAUGAUGAUGAUGAUGAUGAUGAUGAUGAUGAUGAUGAUGAUGAUGAUGAUGAUGAUGAUGAUGAUGAUGAUGAUGAUGAUGAUGAUGAUGAUGAUGAUGAUGAUGAUGAUGAUGAUGAUGAUGAUGAUGAUGAUGAUGAUGAUGAUGAUGAUGAUGAUGAUGAUGAUGAUGAUGAUGAUGAUGAUGAUGAUGAUGAUGAUGAUGAUGAUGAUGAUGAUGAUGAUGAUGAUGAUGAUGAUGAUGAUGAUGAUGAUGAUGAUGAUGAUGAUGAUGAUGAUGAUGAUGAUGAUGAUGAUGAUGAUGAUGAUGAUGAUGAUGAUGAUGAUGAUGAUGAUGAUGAUGAUGAUGAUGAUGAUGAUGAUGAUGAUGAUGAUGAUGAUGAUGAUGAUGAUGAUGAUGAUGAUGAUGAUGAUGAUGAUGAUGAUGAUGAUGAUGAUGAUGAUGAUGAUGAUGAUGAUGAUGAUGAUGAUGAUGAUGAUGAUGAUGAUGAUGAUGAUGAUGAUGAUGAUGAUGAUGAUGAUGAUGAUGAUGAUGAUGAUGAUGAUGAUGAUGAUGAUGAUGAUGAUGAUGAUGAUGAUGAUGAUGAUGAUGAUGAUGAUGAUGAUGAUGAUGAUGAUGAUGAUGAUGAUGAUGAUGAUGAUGAUGAUGAUGAUGAUGAUGAUGAUGAUGAUGAUGAUGAUGAUGAUGAUGAUGAUGAUGAUGAUGAUGAUGAUGAUGAUGAUGAUGAUGAUGAUGAUGAUGAUGAUGAUGAUGAUGAUGAUGAUGAUGAUGAUGAUGAUGAUGAUGAUGAUGAUGAUGAUGAUGAUGAUGAUGAUGAUGAUGAUGAUGAUGAUGAUGAUGAUGAUGAUGAUGAUGAUGAUGAUGAUGAUGAUGAUGAUGAUGAUGAUGAUGAUGAUGAUGAUGAUGAUGAUGAUGAUGAUGAUGAUGAUGAUGAUGAUGAUGAUGAUGAUGAUGAUGAUGAUGAUGAUGAUGAUGAUGAUGAUGAUGAUGAUGAUGAUGAUGAUGAUGAUGAUGAUGAUGAUGAUGAUGAUGAUGAUGAUGAUGAUGAUGAUGAUGAUGAUGAUGAUGAUGAUGAUGAUGAUGAUGAUGAUGAUGAUGAUGAUGAUGAUGAUGAUGAUGAUGAUGAUGAUGAUGAUGAUGAUGAUGAUGAUGAUGAUGAUGAUGAUGAUGAUGAUGAUGAUGAUGAUGAUGAUGAUGAUGAUGAUGAUGAUGAUGAUGAUGAUGAUGAUGAUGAUGAUGAUGAUGAUGAUGAUGAUGAUGAUGAUGAUGAUGAUGAUGAUGAUGAUGAUGAUGAUGAUGAUGAUGAUGAUGAUGAUGAUGAUGAUGAUGAUGAUGAUGAUGAUGAUGAUGAUGAUGAUGAUGAUGAUGAUGAUGAUGAUGAUGAUGAUGAUGAUGAUGAUGAUGAUGAUGAUGAUGAUGAUGAUGAUGAUGAUGAUGAUGAUGAUGAUGAUGAUGAUGAUGAUGAUGAUGAUGAUGAUGAUGAUGAUGAUGAUGAUGAUGAUGAUGAUGAUGAUGAUGAUGAUGAUGAUGAUGAUGAUGAUGAUGAUGAUGAUGAUGAUGAUGAUGAUGAUGAUGAUGAUGAUGAUGAUGAUGAUGAUGAUGAUGAUGAUGAUGAUGAUGAUGAUGAUGAUGAUGAUGAUGAUGAUGAUGAUGAUGAUGAUGAUGAUGAUGAUGAUGAUGAUGAUGAUGAUGAUGAUGAUGAUGAUGAUGAUGAUGAUGAUGAUGAUGAUGAUGAUGAUGAUGAUGAUGAUGAUGAUGAUGAUGAUGAUGAUGAUGAUGAUGAUGAUGAUGAUGAUGAUGAUGAUGAUGAUGAUGAUGAUGAUGAUGAUGAUGAUGAUGAUGAUGAUGAUGAUGAUGAUGAUGAUGAUGAUGAUGAUGAUGAUGAUGAUGAUGAUGAUGAUGAUGAUGAUGAUGAUGAUGAUGAUGAUGAUGAUGAUGAUGAUGAUGAUGAUGAUGAUGAUGAUGAUGAUGAUGAUGAUGAUGAUGAUGAUGAUGAUGAUGAUGAUGAUGAUGAUGAUGAUGAUGAUGAUGAUGAUGAUGAUGAUGAUGAUGAUGAUGAUGAUGAUGAUGAUGAUGAUGAUGAUGAUGAUGAUGAUGAUGAUGAUGAUGAUGAUGAUGAUGAUGAUGAUGAUGAUGAUGAUGAUGAUGAUGAUGAUGAUGAUGAUGAUGAUGAUGAUGAUGAUGAUGAUGAUGAUGAUGAUGAUGAUGAUGAUGAUGAUGAUGAUGAUGAUGAUGAUGAUGAUGAUGAUGAUGAUGAUGAUGAUGAUGAUGAUGAUGAUGAUGAUGAUGAUGAUGAUGAUGAUGAUGAUGAUGAUGAUGAUGAUGAUGAUGAUGAUGAUGAUGAUGAUGAUGAUGAUGAUGAUGAUGAUGAUGAUGAUGAUGAUGAUGAUGAUGAUGAUGAUGAUGAUGAUGAUGAUGAUGAUGACGAUGAUGAUGAUGAUGAUGAUGAUGAUGAUGAUGAUGAUGAUGAUGAUGAUGAUGAUGAUGAUGAUGAUGAUGAUGAUGAUGAUGAUGAUGAUGAUGAUGAUGAUGAUGAUGAUGAUGAUGAUGAUGAUGAUGAUGAUGAUGAUGAUGAUGAUGAUGAUGAUGAUGAUGAUGAUGAUGAUGAUGAUGAUGAUGAUGAUGAUGAUGAUGAUGAUGAUGAUGAUGAUGAUGAUGAUGAUGAUGAUGAUGAUGAUGAUGAUGAUGAUGAUGAUGAUGAUGAUGAUGAUGAUGAUGAUCAUGAUGAAGAUGAUGAUGAUGAUGAUGAUGAUGAUGAUGAUGAUGAUGAUGAUGAUGAUGAUGAUGAUGAUGAUCAUGAUGAAGAUGAUGAUGAUGAUGAUGAUGAUGAUGAUGAUGAUGAUGAUGAUGAUGAUGAUGAUGAUGAUGAUGAUGAUGAUGAUGAUGAUGAUGAUGAUGAUGAUGAUGAUGAUGAUGAUGAUGAUGAUGAUGAUGAUGAUGAUGAUGAUGAUGAUGAUGAUGAUGAUGAUGAUGAUGAUGAUGAUGAUGAUGAUGAUGAUGAUGAUGAUGAUGAUGAUGAUGAUGAUGAUGAUGAUGAUGAUGAUGAUGAUGAUGAUGAUGAUGAUGAUGAUGAUGAUGAUGAUGAUGAUGAUGAUGAUGAUGAUGAUGAUGAUGAUGAUGAUGAUGAUGAUGAUGAUGAUGAUGAUGAUGAUGAUGAUGAUGAUGAUGAUGAUGAUGAUGAUGAUGAUGAUGAUGAUGAUGAUGAUGAUGAUGAUGAUGAUGAUGAUGAUGAUGAUGAUGAUGAUGAUGAUGAUGAUGAUGAUGAUGAUGAUGAUGAUGAUGAUGAUGAUGAUGAUGAUGAUGAUGAUGAUGAUGAUGAUGAUGAUGAUGAUGAUGAUGAUGAUGAUGAUGAUGAUGAUGAUGAUGAUGAUGAUGAUGAUGAUGAUGAUGAUGAUGAUGAUGAUGAUGAUGAUGAUGAUGAUGAUGAUGAUGAUGAUGAUGAUGAUGAUGAUGAUGAUGAUGAUGAUGAUGAUGAUGAUGAUGAUGAUGAUGAUGAUGAUGAUGAUGAUGAUGAUGAUGAUGAUGAUGAUGAUGAUGAUGAUGAUGAUGAUGAUGAUGAUGAUGAUGAUGAUGAUGAUGAUGAUGAUGAUGAUGAUGAUGAUGAUGAUGAUGAUGAUGAUGAUGAUGAUGAUGAUGAUGAUGAUGAUGAUGAUGAUGAUGAUGAUGAUGAUGAUGAUGAUGAUGAUGAUGAUGAUGAUGAUGAUGAUGAUGAUGAUGAUGAUGAUGAUGAUGAUGAUGAUGAUGAUGAUGAUGAUGAUGAUGAUGAUGAUGAUGAUGAUGAUGAUGAUGAUGAUGAUGAUGAUGAUGAUGAUGAUGAUGAUGAUGAUGAUGAUGAUGAUGAUGAUGAUGAUGAUGAUGAUGAUGAUGAUGAUGAUGAUGAUGAUGAUGAUGAUGAUGAUGAUGAUGAUGAUGAUGAUGAUGAUGAUGAUGAUGAUGAUGAUGAUGAUGAUGAUGAUGAUGAUGAUGAUGAUGAUGAUGAUGAUGAUGAUGAUGAUGAUGAUGAUGAUGAUGAUGAUGAUGAUGAUGAUGAUGAUGAUGAUGAUGAUGAUGAUGAUGAUGAUGAUGAUGAUGAUGAUGAUGAUGAUGAUGAUGAUGAUGAUGAUGAUGAUGAUGAUGAUGAUGAUGAUGAUGAUGAUGAUGAUGAUGAUGAUGAUGAUGAUGAUGAUGAUGAUGAUGAUGAUGAUGAUGAUACUAAUAAUAAUAAUCGUAGUCAUGUUGAAGAUGAUAAAAAUGAAAUGAAACUCAGAAUGAAAAGUAUAUUGAUAAUAAGGAAUAAGUCAAUCAUGGCAAAAAUAAUAAGAAUCAACCGAAUGCUGUUUCCGAAAUAUCAUCUUCCUAAUUGA